GUACAGACACGAGCGAUCGAAGCCUCUGAGAAUGCAGCUCAACAAAGCGAUGGAAAAUUCAAAAUCUAUGUCGGGACGAUAGACGGUGUUCGACGAGAGAUCUUCAACGAGGUGGAAGGAGAGGGUAAUAAUGCACCCGACAACAUACCAAAUCCAGCCGAGCCAUUUGGUGCCUAUGAUGAUAAUACGAUCAUUGACACUGAAGACGAAAAGAACCUCUUCGUGCCCAAACCGUAUAGGCCCGGCAGCAAAGAAAAAACGACAGCAGCAACUCAAACCAGGCCUCCUGUCACCGUCCCACAUACGACCAUCAAAACAAUCCCCUUCGUCCAGACAACGCCAACUCCUCGACAACCGAUACAGCCGGUGCAACAGAAUCGUCAACCUCCUCCAGCUGUGCCACCACGAGUUGUUCCCACUGCGGCUCCAAGACAGCCCCUACCAAUCCAACCCCAACCCCAGGUCCCACAACCUCAACAACCACGUCUGCCUCAACAGCCUCAACCACUCCAGCCGAGAACCAGACGUCCACCCAGUCGACCUCCAACACCCGCACCUGCACCUGCACCAUUCCAACCACAGCAGCCGAACUUCAACACACAGCAGCAGAACUUCAACACACAGCAACAGCAGAACUUCAACACACAGCAGCAGCAAACCUUCAACCCACAACAAGCAACAGAACUUCAACGUCCAGCAACCUUCCAAAAUCAACGACCACCACAAGUGCCGCAGCAGUUCCAAACACCUCCACCAACUACACCUGCACCGCAACUUCCAUUCGCGAGCCAACAAAAUCUACGAACUGGAGUGUGCCCGAUGUCAAUCUUCUACAUCUCAACACCCAUCAGCGGUCCAACACGACUCUCCUUUACUCACUUUGCCAUCGCCGUCACGGUGGACCAAUGCGCCCGAACUUGCCACGAAUUCAACUGUGCGAUCGCUCACUACAAUCCUUCCAACGGACAUUGCGAAUUCAAUCCAUCGACCGCGUUCGCCAUACGAAACGGACAAUGCCCCGCUUGGCCAAGCUUGCAUUACAGGAAUAAUGUCGUUGCAAGCGAACCAGUACGAAUUUUCUGCGUGACCUGCCAACGGCCACGCCGACGACAGAACCGGCAAAGAAAUCCCGGACUUAGACACCGAGCCAAGGAUCCUCGUCAAGCGACUAGCCGACGAGGUGCGCUCCGAGCACACAGAAACACCAAAAGGACUGUGAACAGGUACUGA